AUCUUUCCAGUGUCGCAGCGAGUUUCCAGCGAUUCGCGAUUUCGGACAGCCAUGAGACGUCGCAGCGAGCGAAAAAAGUCGUCGUCGCCCGCUCCGGUGCCGGUGGCAGUGGCACGGCGAAGUCGCCGCUCCCGCAAGGUGUCGGAGAACGAGAAGACCGAGGUCGAGACUCCGGUCGCGGUCCAAAAUAAUAAAGAGGCCGAAUGCCCCGAAGUGCCGCCCGCCUCUCAAGAAGUCAACGAGGCGCGUGCCUCCAGUGAAGAACGUGCCGGAGCUGGAGCAUCGCCAGUGCGCAGGAGUCGGGGCAGCCGGACGACGCCUAAAAAGCGCACGGAGUCCAAGGGCGGCGACAAGAAGGUGGACACCAUACCCGAGGAGGAGCCGGAGAAUGGAAAGGAUGUUGAAAAGGACGCUAUCGAGGAGAAAAAGACUGUAGCGCCACCCGCGGCUAAUGAGAGCGAGUCCGAAGAUCUUGCCAAGACGAAGGAUCGGCAGGCUCAAAACGAUGAAUCCUGUUCUGAUCCCGCUGUAGACAAGGAUGAUGAUGUUGAGAAAGAGGACUUAAAACCGCAGCAGGAGGUCCCCACCUCCACUGAUGACGACACCAAGCAGAGCGAGCAAGAACAAGAGGUAAAGGUUCCUUCUCCUUCCAGCAAGGAUGAGGAACAUCUAAAAACGACUAGUGAUGUAUUAGACAUUCAGACAGAAGAGGUCGAUGAAAGGGACGAAGAAGCCGCCCCUCCUGCGGAGCGCAGAGAAACCAAGAAGAGGCACAAGGAGCAGAUACAGGAAGAGCAACCCGCAGAGGAGGAGCAGAAGGAAAACCACAUGCAGAUAGAGGAAAACCCAAAACAAAUUCAGGAUGAACCAGCCGAUCUUUCGAACGACAAGCACGAUCCAUGUCUAAACAGCAGCGCAACCAACACAACCGGUGCUCCAGUACUGCAGCAACAACGAUCGGUGCGGAAGCGAAAGUGGCUGACGAACAAAAAGAAUUCGGAUCGUACCCCGCCCGUGCUUGCCAUUUCGACGGAUUCCCUGAAGAACAUUAUAGCCGAUGUGGUGCAGCCAGUGCCCCUGAGCGAUGUGCAACUAGAAUCCUCCUCAGAGGAGGAAGGCCUGGUUACCAGCGAUCGCGAUUCAGAGCAAUCUGCUUCGCCGGCGCCCGCAUCCGAAGCAAGCAAAGAACGCGAUAACAAGGGCAAUACCGUCAACACCGACACCACCGCAGAGGCGUCGGCAGAUAAUGAAGGAGCAGGAGCCGCUCCUCCAGCAGCAGCAGACACGGUUCCAGCCCAGGUCAGCCUGAGCAAAGCCACAGUUUCCACGGCAGCACCACACAUAGUCCGUGACCCUAGUCCUGCUCGAAACCGCGCCAGCCAUGUGCUCUAUAUCACCAAUUUGGUGCGCCCCUUCACAGUGCUGCAGCUGAAAGGCCUGUUGGCGCGGACGGGAAAGAUCGUCGAGGAAGAUGGUUUCUGGAUAGAUCGGAUCAAGUCUAAGUGCUAUGUUGCCUACUCCACUGAAGACGAGGCCAUCGAAACCCGACAUGCCCUGCACGGAGUUCGCUGGCCAGUCUCAAAUCCCAAAUGUUUGAAUGUAGAUUUUGGCAGUCGCACUGAUAUGGAUCGGGCAAUACUUUCAACGAAGGACGAGGCUCCGAGGUACGGGCAGGAAAACACCAGAGAUAACCAGCAGUCGGGCAACGCUUGGUCUCGGUUGGAACCGUCUGACAAAAAACCUGCGCGACCUGUACGCGAAUGGGAUGUUGGCAAAAAGGAACCAAGCGACCUCGACAAACACAGCAACGACAGGCGUCGGGAGAGCAAGGAUCGACUGGACUCGAGGUCUCGGGAUGCGGAACGAGCCGGACAGGAGCGAAAGCGUUCCAGGGACAGAGAGGGACGAGGACGCGAUCGGGAGCGGGAGCGACCUGAUCGCAAUGCACAUGCAAGAAGCCGUAGUGGAUCGCCAGCGUCUAAAACUAAGAAGAAGGAGAAUGAACCGCCUAUCAGACUACUUGAUGAUCUAUUUCGAAAAACAAAGGGAACACCAUGCAUAUACUGGCUGCCACUUACGCCGGAAGCGAUCGCAGAAAAGGAGGCAUUCCGUCAGAAACGCAUUGAGGAGCACAAGCUGCGUAUUAAGGAGCGGGAGGAGCGCCAGAAGGAGCGGGAGAAGGAUCGUGACCGCCAGCGCGAGACGCGUCGCAAUCGUUCCAACGAACGGCGACGAUCUCGCAGUCGCGAGCGGGAGCGAAGACGUUACUAGGCGGAGGCUUGAGAUUGAGCAAAUAAAUGUUGAUAAUAUCUCAAAAACUAAAUCAACAUAUAAAAAAAAACUUCAAGAAACAGCAACUAAAACUUCAGCAUGGGUCUCAUCACCACCCGAAUAAUUUCUAUUCUUUCCUUUCGAGCGUUUUGCGUUCACAAAUAGGCCGACGUUUGUAAUAUUCAACUUGAAGUGAACCGACUUCAAAUUGAAUAUUUUGGCCAACGUCUCACCCACAUUCUGAUUUUGAGAUUUCAAACUCUCUUUUCUUCGUUAUUUUUCUCAUUGUUGUUUCAUAUAUAUAUAGCAUAUAUAUUUCCAUAUAUAUAUAUAUAACCUGAUUUGAUUUCUUUCCUCAAAUGUAGCAUUUUACAGCGCCUAACGUCACCUCACCCCAAAACGAAACCACAGCAACCAGAAAUGCGCCGGCAUCAGAUCAGCAUCAACGCCAUGGAAACUUACCAUCGGACUCUAGAAACUAUUGCAGCAAGUUACCAUGCUUAUAUCUAUUCAAUAAACAAACAUAAAAUAAUUGAUUAAUAUAUUGUAAAAUCAAAUAUUUCUUAAAAUUUUAAUGAACUUAGAAAUACAAUUUAACAUCAGUCGGCAAGCUUGUGACAAUGCCAAAACC